AUGGGGAAUAAGUCGUCAUCGUCUUCACAGAUGCCUCCGUAUCUAUUGGGAUCAGGAUCAAGUUCAAAAAAUUUCCCGAAACAUUACUACACGACACCUUUCAUCGCACAAUCAUACGGAGCACCUGUUUUUCAUCAGUCAGUCAAUUCGCUCCAACACUUCAGUGGCACUGAUUCCGGAUACAUGACCAGUCCAGCCGAUUCCGAACGAUGGCGAAUAAAUAACUGGAAAAUGGGGAAUUCUCGUUUAUCGCUUAAUGAAGCAUUUUUUAUGGAUGGGCCACCCAGAGCACGACCAUCAUCGAUGCUUCCAAUGCCAUCAAUUAUACCUAUUCCGCCACCAACUCUAAAACAAUUCAAAAAAUGGCAAAAGAGGCAAAAAAAAAUAUUGAAAAAAAUGGGCUCCAUUCCCGCGAAUAUUAUUCCACCCCAUGCACCACUAACACCUCUCUUACAAUAUUCUCGUGCUUUUUCCGUCGACAAUCUAUCAAGACAAGUUCUGGACAGUCAUGUAGAUGUUCCAACGACACAGAAGCGUAUCUGGAAGGAGAGCAGAAAAGUGGCGCAAAAUCAAGCAUACGGUAAUACUGCUCCUGAUAUGCCUUCUGAUCCACCGAAGUCAUCUUUUAGCAGCAGCUGCUCAAAUGGUUUUGCUGUAUCAGAUUUCCGAAUGACCCAUUCGGCUCCGUCCACGAAUACAUCUGAUCGAAGUCGUUUGACAUCAACUACCGAUCAUUCGUCGUCGUUACAUCAUCAAACACCAUCACCAGUACAGUUGAAGAAUUCAUCGAAUCAGCAUUUGCAUCGAAUACGAGAAUCCAGGAAUGAUGCUGGACUUGCUGGAACACCUAGACGAUUGCAGCAAUGGAAUUUGGUUGCCAAAGGUGGACCAUCAGCUACUGUGCGUCAUGAGACCGCUGAUGUUGUUGACGAAGAAACAAAUAUUGAAGUUAGAAAAGAUGAAAUUGGUCACAAGUCAUCCGAUAUAAACUAUACGUCCAGAAAGACUGCAGCGAUCAGUAAAUGCAGUCAUCCCAAAGCAGCAACGUCCCGCGAUUGCGAUGAACGGAAUUAUGGAUAUCGAAAUGGUAUCAGUGGUUCUACCAGCAUAAAUAAUCAGUAUAAUAAUUGUAACACAAAUAAUGAUGAUGAUAUCAAUUUGGAACGUAACGUCCCUGUUAAAAUAACACUGGAAACUGAGGAAGUUCCAGAGAAGAACAUUCAGUUGUUCUCUAAAAACGCCACUAAUUCAACCGACGACGACAAGGUAUUUUCGACUGAUGUGAUAGCCUCAAAUCCAUUCCAACGACAUAAUUCUGCUUCUGGAACUGCAACUCAGAAUCAAACUACGCAGCAAACGCAGUUGGGAUAUUUUCCACUCAAAAAAAGUGCGGACUAUGGUUCCACGAUCAGUUCAUUGACCCAGAGUUCGAAUAUGAAAACUGAAGUCAGCGAUAUUGACUUCAGCUGGGUGAAUGAUGUCGAAAAUCGCCUUGAACGAGAAAUUGCCUUUGUGAGAGAAGGUUCUCGACAGCAACUACCAGUACAGUACUUUGGAAUGGAUUUGGAUCAGUCCAAAACUGAUAAAGAUGAGGCAGCGGUGGUUGUUUCACCGCCAUACACUACCACCACAAAAUCACUUGAGGUAUUCGGUGAAUGCGAAUCUCGCAAAGAACUGAGCCAAAUACAUUCUGAUGUUCGUUCCAAAGCGGCAAUGUUCGAUACAGAAGCUUUUCGAAAUGAACGAAAAGUUGAUGAACAACAGGCCGCGUAUCGUUAUCGUUCACGGUCAACUCCCCAUGGUAAUGUGUACAUACCUCAGCCCGAUUACCAAAGUUACGAUCCAAUUUCUGUAGAUAUAUCACAAAAUUCGAGCCAGUGCAGUGGUAUUUAUUCAAGUAAUGCCUCCCUUGCAACUGGUUCAAAAUACGCUCGAUGUUUACAACACCGUAACAAAAGCAGCAGUAUGAAGGUCAAUGGGAAUGUUGCAGGGGUAGAGGCAAAAUAUGGCAAUUCAUAUCGUAAUAAUAAUGAAAAAAUGACUAAGCAACAAGGUCAACAGCCGUAUUCCGAUUAUGGCGAUGAAAUGUUGCAGCAUAAUCAAACAUACGGAGCAGCUGAAUGCUAUAUCCAGAAUGCAGUCCGACGUAGUACUGAGAAACCAUGGAGAAUAUCCGUCGCUUACUGA